AUGUUACUACCACAGCUGACUUCCCGGCUGCUGAAGGCUUCACGAGUUGCAGGCCACCUCCUGCCACGGUCCGUGUCGUCCUUGCUCUACUCCCACUCCACACCUGCACCCUACAGCACACAGCCAUCCAGCAAGAGUGGGGCCCAGCCUCAGCAGUGGUAUGCUCUGGACCCUGACCUGGAGGAGAUGCUGAUCCCUAGAAAACUUUCCAUCAGCCCCUUGGAAAGCUGGCUGACUGUUAGAUACUCCCUUCCUAAGGUGGGAGUUCCUGCUCAGGAAGAAGGCGGCUCUGAAGCUCUGCAGCGGUACGACUGCCCCCCUCCUGCCGAGGGAGGCGAUGUGGAGGAAGGGGAGGGAGCACCCAGCGGCAAGCUGCAGUGCAAGAACGUUUUGGAGAUUCGCAGGAGGAAAAUGAACCGGCACAAGUUCAAAAAGCUGCUGAAGAGGAGGAAGUUUGUGCGGAGGAGAAUCAAGGAAGGGCGCAAGAAGAAGCGCCAGAUAAAAUUUGAGAAAGAUUUGGAGCGCAUCUGGAAAAGAGCUGGUUUGAAAAGUCCUCCUGCAGGAUGGCAAACACCCAAGAUAUUUCUGAAAAGUUCAAAGCGAUAA